AGCUUUACGUCGUUGUGCGUCAACUCCCCAGUCCCCCCACCAUCACCGUUCUACAGAGGAAGAAAGGGGGAGACGGGAAACCUAUACGGAACGCUGUAAGUUUAGUUUAUAUUCAUACCGAUUAUUGAAACACUGUGAAACAGUCCAAGUCUUUACCGCUCUGGCUGCUGUUAACCAUCAACCUUGCCCCGGGUUUAGUUCACACAAAUAUGAGCGGCAGCGGGCGGCCCAGGACCAGCUCAUUCGCUGAGCCUCCCGGAGCUCCCGGAUCCGCUGCAGCCGGUGCCGGAUCAGCAGUAGCCGGUGGAAGCUCGACAGGAAAAACUGGGGCUUCGCAAGCCAGUGGGAGCAGCUCGACGAGCUUUGGGAAUUUGAAACUGCCCAGUGAGUAUAAUCUUAUUUUUCUAUCGUCAGUCCAAGUAACCUGUUACCACCCAAGUGAGGGUAUCGCGAUAUUUUUGAAGAAAUGUGUCGAAGGGGAUUUAAUGUCGAUCAUUGUCGCGGAGCUCACCUUAGCCAGAGAGCUGUUAGCUGCUGAGCUAACUUAGCUUAGCUGUCCGGCUAACGUUAGCUGUGUUUUUCACUAAGGACCUACAGCGAUCAAGGUUCUUUUAUCACACAUCGAACAUUUUAGUCAGCCUCUGUUGUUAAGCUUGACCGAAUAUUAUUCAUACUUCGACGUUACGCAAUGAUAUGUCAUUUUUUUUACAUUACUUAGCCAUUACUGUUGAAUUGUAACCAGGAGCAGAGUUGGUGUCAGCCGUCGCUCCUGUGUUUCUGCUAUUAAUAUCAGAUGGGAAAGAGAAAAUCUGUGAGCUUAAAUGAUCUGCUUGGAGUUUUGAGGCGUCGACCCAGGUCCAGGAGGAUCCUGAUCAGUCUUUGCCUGACCAGGGUUACUUGAGAAUACGCCGCGCUAUGGCCUGGAGUUAUGAAAACGAGAAUCUAUGAAAAAUAACCAAUAACAAGACAUCAGCUGCUUUUUAACAAGCAUAUGGUGUCUUCUGUAUGCAUAAAGAGCCAAUUCAAUACUACAAACAGCUGAUCGAGUACUGGAAUCAAUCCUCAAGUCUCAUCUUUCUCAAUCCAUGCACAGCAGAAUGGAUCCACUUGAUUAAGUUAUUGGCUUUAUUUUCAUGGAGUUCUUAUAUGCAGCCCUGUUGGCAGAUCCCUCUUGGUUAUGGACAAGUUAUAAAUCAAAUUAAUUUUCUCUCGUCACCUUGAGUAGGUGCUCUAUUUGUACACUGAUGAUUGAACAUGCUCACUCUGCUGCCUCUGGUUUUCCAUCAAAUGCAAACUCUGUAGUUGAAUCCGUGGGUGUGAUGACAGGAACUUGCAGAAUGCUCAAGGGUCAUGUAGCUUUGCAGAAGCAGCAGCACUAGGUGAAAGCUCAGACUGGAUGGACAGAGGUGUGCAUCACAUGUUGAAGUGGCAAGAAAUACAUACUAGGGCUGCAAGAUUUUGGCUAAAAUAAAAUCUAGAUUUUUUUCUCUGAAACUCGACAACUUUACCAAACUUCACUUUAAAUAUAUAAAAAAAACGUGUUUCUAUCAUCUCUCAAAACUAAACAACCAAAAACGAUGUAGUGCAUAUGCGAAGCUAGUGGCACUGUAACCCUGCAGAGGUAAUGCACAAAAGACAGAAGAAGAAUGCAGAGCAUGCGUUUAAAGGUUGUUUAGGCCGGACAAACACAGGCACCGUAAAAGUCGUCUAGGGAUUUACGCACUCUCUGAUCCAUUUUUAAAAAGUAUCGUGUACAGUCACCCUAAAUGUCAUUUCCGUGUGGAUGAAACACCGAUACGACAAAAAACUUUUGUGUUUACUCCUGAAUUUGUUUCCGUGUGGACGGAUUGAUAACGCCUUCAGACGGACUUUGCAGUGUGGAGUGGUUUGCAUGACUGACUUGCUCUUGUCCUAUUUAGCCACGAAAUUAUCGCCUUCUUUCGCAAACGCCAUGGUGGUUUACACUGGUGUGUGUGGAAACUGGGGAGCGCUCUCGCAGGACGGGGGGUGCCUACAGCGGCCUGGAGGUGUGAGACAUGAUAGAGAGGAAAAUCGAUUUGACAAUUUUAAAUUUUUUAACAUCGUCAUAAUUAAAUAAUCCGACUACGAUUUAAAAUCGAUUAUUCGUGCAGCCUUGGUACAUACCAGUAAUUAUUAUUAUUCUUUAACCUAACCUGAUCAAUAAUAAAGACUAUGAUGGAUCCACGGUCCAUUAGAACAGGUGAAGUAGGACUGGGUGAUUAUAUGAAAGUGAUCGAUGACUGUGAUAGAUUUCAGUCCGAUCACAGUGAUCAGCUGUGAGCUUAUUUACUCGAUCAAACAUGGCGAAAAUGUGCGUCACAACAGCCAAUCAGAGUCGAGCUUUUCCUGCUCAAUUCUGUAAGUUACUGGAGAAGUAAACAGAGUAACCGAACGUAGAGCUGAGGGCAGUAAAAUAGAUGUCAGCCAUAACUUUGAGUCAUCCUCAAAAGAUGUUAUUUUCGAGAAGAAAAGUUAUUUAACGUCUUAUUUAGUAUUUAUCUAUUUAUUUUUUAGUUUUAAGUACAGAUGCUUUAAAAAUGGCAGUUUAAAAAAAAUCGGGAUAAUAAUUGAGAUCGGACGAUACGACAAAAUAUGUUGUGAUCAUCUUUUUGGCCAAAUCGCCCAGGCCUAAGGUGAAGAGACUAAAAGUGGAUGGAUAGCAGUCAGACACUGAAGUUAACUCAAGCUGCUUUGUAGUACACCUGCUGAUUGUAAUUCAUGCAGCCAGUCGGGAGAUCUCCGCCAGGGGAUUUGACUCAUUCACAUCACUGAGGUUUAAAUGUAAACUUACUUUUCUCAAUGUGUAAGUUUUCUCUGUCUCGAUCAUGAGGAUCACUUUCCCUCUAUGAGAGCACUGCGUUUGUAACAGGGGUACUUGGACCCAGCAAUAUAGAAAUUCGAGACCACAUCAACAUUAAACUGGUCAAACUUAACCAUUUAGCCUCUUAUACAAACUAAAUGUAAUAUUUUUAAAGCCAAAACUACUCUCUUAGGUGGACAGAGGUUUGGGAGAAGGAGAUUCUAUAUUGAAUGUGCAACAGGAAAACAUGCUCUAUAUCAACUAUAUUGUUAAAAUAAUGGAGUUGUGCAAAAACUGCAUGUCCAACAAUACAAAUGUCAUUAUUGCUGUGUCUUAUUAUCAGUUCACAGAGAGUUUGAGAGUGUGUGAACUAUUUAAUUAAAAAGAAAUCACAGACAAAUAAAGUAAAUUACCUUUUAAAAAACUCUUCAAAUGGCUGGAAGGACAGGGAAAAAAUGUUGAUCGGAACAACAAAAUUGUAUCUACUGCAAUUUUGAAAAACACAAAGUCAUCAUUGAAAGCAGGAGGUGAGAGAGACCAGCUGAGGCUUACGGAAAGAGGAGAACGAAGGAAAAUAUGUUGCUAUUUUGGCUCGAUGUGGCCUGGAGGAACGAGGCAAAGUGAUUAGAAGUGGCACAAAAACAUCAGUCGCAGAAUCAAUUCUCCGGCCUCAGUGUCUGUGAAAUGAUUUGGCUCUAGUGUCGAUACAAGAACAGUAGAGAUGUAGUUUUCUUUCUUUUUUCGGCCCUCGAAUGUUCCUUCUUUUGUAUUAAACAAUUAAAUUAGUUCUCAAAUGACUAAUGUAGUGUUUACUAAAACGGAAAGAGGGGAAACUGUGACCAGUUGAAAUUGAGUUUUAAUGGAUUCAAACUAGAAAUGUUUUGAUCAGAUAAUCAUAAAAGUUCACAUCUGGACAAGUUUUGCCCUCCAUCUUUGAUUGUUUGACACAUUUUAAUACUUUUUUGAGAGCUGCCUACUCUACACAUAUAAAACUAAACUUAAUUCUGUUUUUUAUUGAGAAAUCCUUUUAAGGACACUUACACUGACGUGAGACUAGCUGUCAUAUUGUUUUAGCUAGCCUGCUUUUUAAUACCCUUCUCAUUUAUGCCAUGCUGUUGCAUCCUGUUCACAUCUGCAGAAUCCAGUUUGGUUGAUCAGAUCCUGAAUCUCCAAUGUAACACAUACCUUCAGCAAUGUUUCAAGUGGUCAGGUAAAUGGAUGCACUCAUACUGAUUUAGUGGGCCUGACCCUAUUAGGUGAAUUGAGUCUCAGUGAGAUAGAGCCAAUGCGCAUUUUAUAUAUUUAAUCCAAUCUACUUAAUCUGUAAAGCACAUUUUAAAGGUAGAGUAUGUGGAAUAAUAGGCGAGAUCCAGCUGUCAGAUUAUAGAUUGAAAUAUAUUGUUUAUUGUCCAACUUCAGCAUUAAAUUACUGCAACUCCUGAUGACAUACUAUCGCCUAGAUGUCAUGGAGCAUACAGAAAUAUAAGAUUGGACACAUUGUCUGUAUUAAAAAAAGAAAAAACUCAGCGCAAUGUACAAUGUUGAAAAAUAACAAAAAAAAAAAGUAGCGUUUGGCGUGACAUAUGCAAAUGGCCAAGAGGGGGCAAAAACAGCGGAACAACUCUUUAACCGUGCGUCUGAGAAAAAAGUCCAAGUGCGCAAAAUCAAAGAUCUCAUUAAGAUACACGUGCCUGUAAAAUUUCGGGCAGAUCGGACAAAGUCAAUGUUCAUGGCCCUCUGUAGGGGGCGCUAGUGAGCCAUUUUUUUAUCACUUCUUUGGGUCACUUUGAAACAUUGCGAUUUUCGCUGGGCCCGACCUGCCUGAGCUGCCCUCUCGGCUCGGGCCCUAAAAAAAACAAACAUGAAUUGUAAAUGUUCAGUGUCUGUAUAUUCUGAUCAAUAUUUUAUCAUUUCUUUGCUGUUAUUAUUGAAUUAUCCCCAAUCUUACCCUACCAUGUGAUCUACCUUUUCUGUUUUAUGUUCUCAUUGAGUGUAAAAUAUUGUUGGGACAGUGAUCAUCAUAGCCAGUGUUUUUAGAUACAGACGCCAAAUAGAGUUGUAAACUAAAGCUCCCAGAAUGCUUUGCAAACUGAGGUAUUGUAUUAUUUAACAUAGAAUGCCCCUAACUUUGUAAAUACUCAGACUAAGCUUCAAAAAAAUCACCUGAAGUAUUUUGUGUAAUGAAAAUGCAAAUCAACAUGUAAUUCAGAGGUAAGAAAAGUUUCUGCUCAGUGUUAAUAGAUUUUUGUAGAAGUAAUAUAUUUUUAUUAUUAUAUAUUUUUGUGUAUGUAGCUUGGACUGAAUGAUAGAACUAGUAAUGCCACAAGGUUAAGUUUUUUACAUGACUCCCAGUUCAUUCAUGACAAAAUUAAGACAAGCUUAAAAUCCAGGGGUCAGGUUUAAAUCUGUGAAAUGUCUCUGCUGUCUUUAAGUGAAUAGAAACACGUUUUAUUAAUGAGAGCAAUGAUCAGAUUUAUGUUUUUAAAGACAGUAGGUUUGUGGUGAUUUAUUCAAGAUACAAAGGUGGAGAUCCAUGGUCAGAUAAUGUCAGAAAAAGUGCUGUAUGUAAGCACCAGGAAGCCUCUAAUGACAAAGUUUAGUCACAGUUUAACACAUAAUUAUGUCAGCAGGUUAAAAUAGUGGUUUACACGUACAAAAACAGCUCCAGGCUAAUUGCUCGUACGUGUGGGUGUGAUGAAAGUCACUCUGCUCAUCCUUUCUCUCGUACUCAUCACGCUGGCUUGACAUAUCAGAAACCAAAGCUGUUCACUGACAGCCGGGGCCGAGCGCUCAUCUUUGCAUUCAUUAUUCAGGGGACUAUCAUGUCACCGCUUCUCCAUAUUUAAUGUGCUCUCUUCUGACUUCAACUUGUUUAAAAUAAUGUGUGAAAGUGUUGGGGGGGAAAAAAAGGCAAAUACAGAAAAACAGAAGUUUAAAACAGGAGCGAGACGGAUCUGAGAAGGGGAAUAUUUCCUGCUGACCUGAGGGCAGAGAUCAGAUCUGGGCCUAUCAUGUGGAUGUGCCACCAGCUGCUGUUCGCCGCUAACCUUGGGAAAUGUAGGGCUGAAAGAAAAGCAUUCACGUUUUCUUGGUCAGCAGCACCCUGAUAUGAUAACUGGAUUUGUAAUUUAAUAAAUGGUCAUCAGGUACUUCGUGUGAAAGUGCUCACACAGAGAAAAAGGAGUUGAGGAAGACGCUCAAUCACUGCCUGAGUUUUUUUUUUCUUUUUGUCAGUUUAUGAUGGAGACCAAGAUGCUUCAUUGUCUGACUCCAUUUUGCGACUCAGAGACCUAUUAGGGAUCAGGAGGGGUCCUGUUGAGACAGGCGAAGUGAGCAAGCCCAGGAAAUGGUAGCACUUCUGGGUGUGCUACUGUCCACACAAUUUUGAUCGCAGGCUCUGACAAGCCUUUUGGCAACAGGCCUCUUCUCUGCUCCUCUUCCUCUUCCCAGUGUCAUUGCUUCUGGUGCCGAUUUGUCAAAUCAUUCUUGACCCGACACGUGCGCAGGCGUACCACACCGAGCAGCUACUUGACCCAAACUUGAGCUGUCGGUUUCUGUUAAAUCUUGAGUAUUUCACUUUGUCUUAUUUCAGCAAGGUCAGACACUUCGUCUGGCGGUGGUGAUGUAGCGGUGUUGGGGAGCACACACCCCAAAUCCUGCCUGAUAUAUCUGAGUGUAGUUGGUUACUCUCAUUUAUCUCCUAAUGUGAUAGGAUUGGGGGGGCUUUUAUACUACAGCCCUGUUCCCAAGGCCACUUGGUCAGCUCAGCAUUCAGCCUUCAGUCCUGCAUAACAAGCUGUAACAAGCAACUUCUCCUCAUUUUAUUCCGAUGGCAGAGAUAAUUCGACUCAAUCCUUCAGUUCAAUCCUCUUUUCACGAGCCUUUCGGGGCGUCACACGAGCAUUUAUUGCUCUUGGGUGUCUUGUUUUUAUGAUGUGCAAAUAGACUUAAUCAACUAAUUGUAUUAUUUGAACAGCACGCUCCAUAAACUUAAACUGCGGUACUAAUGCAUUUAGAGACAUGGCAGCUGAAACGUACAGUCAGAAUGGGUCAGCCGAGAGAGGGGUUUGCACAGUUGGCCACAAUCGAAUGUCAGCACCAUAAAAAUGUGGCCUUAAGUGGAAGAAUCGGGCAGGAAAAAAACCCAUUUUGUCUGUAAAUUUAUGCGGCAGUUACAUAAGUUCAGUGCUGUAAAUCUUAAGUCUCUCAGUCAUGACCAAAAGUGAUCCCUUUUCCCAACAGUCUCUCGUGUUUUUUGUGAACCACAGGUUGAAUGCAGGUGUAGCAGACCCAUGUUUUAUGCAUGCCUCCCAUACAGAAGGGGGUGAACCAACAGGCUGGUUCACCCAGGGGAACAGAGUGAAUGUGUUGUGGUUAUUUCCAGGAGCUCAUUACGAGCCAGUGUAAUGUGUCUGGGGAAACACCACAUAGGUCACAGCCGUUUAAAGAGGGAACGCCUGCUGAUGUCUAACUUCUCUCUCUGAGGGACGCCGGUUUAAAUGCCGAGCUAAAGAGAGUUGUGCCGCAGUCUUUUUCACAAGCCUGAACCCCACUUCACCAGCAGCAGCAGCUUUCUUUCUGUCAACAUUCACUGCGUUUUCUUACCAAGUGUGCUUCCUCUCUCUCUCUCUCCCAGGAGACAGCGGCAAAGUGACGACGGUGGUAGCCACACCGGGCCAGGGCCCCGAUCGCCCGCAAGAAGUGUCCUACACAGACAUAAAGGUUAUAGGAAAUGGCUCCUUUGGAGUGGUCUACCAGGCUCGCCUCAUCGACAGCCAAGAGAUGGUGGCAAUUAAGAAAGUUCUCCAAGACAAGAGGUUUAAGGUACGCUGAGUCAGGCCUGCUCUGUUGAAAGAGAGAUGCUCUUUAAAUAGGACCCUCAAAGAAAGUUGGGUGGGCACAGAUGAGUUGUAUUUUAAAAGUAUUUCUCACGCUGUAGAUGUGAUUGAUGCUCUUUCCUGAAUGUUUAAAAUGAGUAACUUAGCGAUGACAGCUACCUCUGCAUAUUUCAUAAUUUCACACUUCUUCCCUCCCUCUCCUGUUUCCCUGUCUCAUUGCAGAAUAGGGAGCUGCAAAUAAUGAGAAAAUUGGACCACUGCAACAUUGUGAGGCUACGUUACUUCUUCUACUCCAGUGGAGAGAAGGUGUGUAUGCACUGACUUGACAUCUCAUAUUGGAGGAUUCAAGUUUCCAGAUGAGGCACUCUGCCUCCACACCCAGCCCUUUUUAAUGCUGCAUGUAUCAUCGAUGAUUCAUGGGCAUGUUUCAGACAAGUCGAUAUUGGCCUUUACUGUACAUCUAAAUCACACUCUUGAGUCAGAGUUUUCAGUGUCCAAGACAGAUUUUUAUGAUGGUUUUGUUUUUUUCUUUUUUACCAAAGUGUGUCUAAUUCUGAGAAAAGAAAGUGAUCCCUGUCCUCUGCAGCCCGAUAUUGAUGCUCCUGAUCUCCGUCAACCAAGAUGGAUUUUUUUAUGUCAUAUGCAGCAACUCAGCAAGAGUCAACAGGGCUCGACAGUGCGACCGUUUUACUCGCAUUUGCAACUACAAAUAGAUGUGUGCGAAUUGUAAAAUGUAUUUAGGGGCACAUGUGCGCAUAAAAAAAUCAGUGGAGGAAACAAAUGUUUAUUCAUGUAAAUACCACGGUGAAGUUUGUUUUAGGUUGGAUAUUUGACGGACAUUCACUGCCUGUGUCUUCUCACUCUUUAGAACUGGUCAUAGCAACAGCAACGUGGUUAAAUCUACCCGGCACCUUCACUGUCAACGUCGGGUGUUUAAUAAGGGACCAUCAAUAAAUUACCGGUUGAUGUUCUCAGAAAAGGCUGUUUUCCUUCUAUAGCUCCCAUGUUAUGAGACCAAUUGACCUAGAAUUGAUUUCAAAUAAUAAUAUUUAUGUCGACCAAUAGGACACACCUCCGUUAUUUUCCUAAUUUGUCCUCAAAAAUUUUUUGGGCUGUGUCAGAAAUGAAUCACUCAAUCCCUAACCCCUAACCCCCAUAUGGGCUUUAACUAUAUAGUUGACUAUGUAGUGAACUCAGUCACCGAAGGUUUCUGACACUACAUGGCAAGACGCAAUGCAUGACGGGAUGCCCACCACCGGUGAGUGACCAUCAUAUGGUCACUACAUUUUGCAAUGCUUUAUGGGAAAUUUUGGGUCGCCUAUAUAGGGCACUGGAAUUGAUCACUGAGAUUUCAGACACCCCUGAAAAUGGCGCUAACCCCCAUGUAGUUGACUGUAUAGGGGUUAGGGAUCCAUUUCGGACACAGACUAAGUGUUAAAUUUAAAGGCAAAUUUUGAACAUUUUCUUCAAUAGCUUCCAUGUGAUGUGACCAAACGACCUGAAAUUGAUUUCAAAUAAUAGUACGUAUGUCCACCAAUAAGACACACAUUAUGUGAUCAAUUUUUGUUGUGCCCCUAAAGUUCUUUGUGAGCUCCUUACUUUUUCAACGUUGGAGCACAUGUGCUCCUUGUGAUAAAAAAACGUUUGUGUCAAGCCCUGAUCAAUUAGUCUUAGUCAUUCUGGCGCAGUAGAGUAUGACAGUUAUUUGUAAUCAGGGAUGUGAUUCUCUUGACCCUAAGAGGUGUUCUGCUAAUCAUACAUACAAAAAACUAAAAAUAAAACAGACUGGUCCAUGCAGCAAACCAGCCACUUGAGUCUUUGUGUACCAUCUUCUUGGAAAAAUACAGCUGAAUACAUGAGUCUUUACACUCGCCUCUUUGUCACACUUGUGUGUUGGACAUCGUUCAUCAUUUAAACGACUUAAAAAAAGGUCUCAAGUAUGUCUUACAGUAUCUGCAUAUUUACAUUUUUAACUCCUUCCUGUAUUUAAACGAUGUUGACGACAUCAGGCUAAUCAAUAUUAUAGAUUUUCUACUCAUUAAGUGUAAAUGUCAUUCACAUUAGCUGCACAGGAGGGCUUAAGUGUUUAUGAAGCUGCUGCUGGAAGCAUUAAGAGAAAAUAUUAAAUAUUCCUCUGACCCUUGUUUCUUCUCCUCCUCAGAAAGAUGAGGUGUAUUUGAAUCUGGUGCUGGACUAUGUACCUGAGACAGUGUACAGGGUGGCUCGGCACUUCAACAAGGCCAAGACCACCAUCCCCAUCAUCUAUGUUAAGGUGAGUUCACACACACAUGCGCACACACAAAUGCAGCCUGGUCUUCUCAUAGGGAUGUCCCUCUGCUCUCACCUUGUUCAAGCGUACUCUCUGGUCUUUCUGACUUCAAACAGUCUGGUUUUGUUGACUCCACACACUAACAGAGAUCGUCUUCUGAAGCCUGACUCCGGUUCGGUAGUGCCCUGGGUUUAAUUUGUCUGCCGUUUAGCUUUCUGCUGCAUUAAUGUCACUGGAGACUCAGCAGAAUUCGUCCUGUCAAACAGCAUUGGCAUCAUGCUGUUUAGUAAAAGAAGAAGAGGACAGACAGCUGAGUAUGAUGUGUGAGAAUGGCAGCUACUUAGCGAGACUGAGAUUAUUCUUUGGCAAAGAUCAGUGUGUUUUUGAGAACUGAAGUGGAUGAGUGUCAUUUUUUUAACCCUUAAAAUUCAACUCCUACAUGAACUAUGUCUGCAGCUUUGAUUUAGACCGAUCUUCACAGUAUGCCUGUAUUUUAUUCCAGUUUGAAUUCGAUUUUUCGUCUUUAUCUCCGAUGCGAGGUCAGUACCUCUCCUUGAUGUGUCAAAUGAGAAAAAGGUGCGAUAGAAACAUUUAAUGCUCACGUUUUCAGUUGACUCUGUUUAAGUAGUGAGCAACCUCUGUUUAAACUGAAGGUAAAGUUGAGUUCAGUAAUUGCCGGUAGAUGUAGAAGAAAAAUCUCUGUACAUUCCUGUCUGUGUUUCACCGGCCGCUCGCUCACUGUUUAAGGAUUUUGAAAGCAGAAAGGGAACGAUGGUCUCACGGGAAUCAAUCUGUUUGCAAUACACUUGGUUCUCUGUCUGAAGGCGUGCUCGUUUCAGAGAGUGUGUGUGUGUUUGUGUGUUUACUGGGUCUGUUGCAGCAGAGGACAUUAUAGCUGUCUCAUGGCCCAUUUCUCUACCUCAGCCCGCUGCUCCUCUGUGGCUUUGAGAGGCACACUGAUCUCUCCCUCUCUUUCUUUCACUCCCCGUCCUCCAGCGACACACUUCUAUCUCGGCAUGCCUGAGGUCCUCUCUCUCCCCCUUUCUCCCUGUCCCCUGGGUCUCAUGUUUUUGCCUUGUCUCUCAUUGUCUCCCUCUUCCUCACUCCUCACUUCCUCUCCUCUCUCCCUCCCUGGCCCCUUUUCCAACCAUCAUCUCUCGUCUCUCCAUCAUCAUGUCAGUAAUCAUUCUGUAAUCUGAGGCCAGCCUGCUGCCUCUGCAUCAUCAGGGUAAUAAUGAUGAUAACGGCGAUGAUGCCAGUGAUUUGUCACAUUGUGGUGCUCGCUGUCUGCGAUCCACAGAUGUAUUAAAAGAGGGCACUCGUAACGGUGCGAGCAAUUUCAUUCAAUGACAGCACUGGCCUCGGAUGUGUCGUCAAAUGUCAAGCAGAGGUUGGACGGGGACAGGUAGACCUUCAGGGGGAAUCUCUCACUCUCAUGUUGUGUUGGAGAUACAUGUCACUUCAGGCUGCAGCAGGCGCCACAGAGCUGCUUUUUCUUACAUGCACCACACUGCACACACCCCCAAAAAAUUUAGGUCAUUUGUUGAAGUGAGUGGCACACAUAGAAAAUCUUUGACAUCAGACGCGCUCCCAGGCUUUGCAGAGAAACUAAAUGACCCUGUGAUCACCCUGAGUAAUAGUCAAGUAUGGGUGUAAAGCCUAUCAUACAUUUGCAUGUCAAACAACAAGGAGUCUUGCUGCAGUGCCUUAUGUUGUUGUGAUCAUUUGAGCUUGUGCUCCAGUGGCUCUGAAUUGGUCUGCAAUUCCUGCACAAUUUUCUUGCUGAAAGGAAGCCUGAAUUUUCAACUUUGAUCUAGUGCAGUUAGAAAUAAACAAGUUUCAAUUGUAUAACAGUAACAAAAAAAACAAACUUUUCAAAAGUGGUUCAUUUUCAGUUUUUCCAAACUGCUAACUAGGGAUGUUCCCAGCGGUUAAUUUCACUGACGUCUAAACGACCAUUUCGAAACCGAAUAUUUUAAUAUUAACGUAUUAAAAUAUGUUAAAGAAUCUUAUAUUAGCGCUGGAGAAUGACAUCAAGUACAUGGACGAUCAAAGCUCCACUGCGCUCAAGCCAAGCAACCUGCUGCGUCAUCGGCCUGCCUCACACCAUAAGCACUAAAUGAAGAGUCUUCAGAGUCAGACAACAUCACGUUAGACAACGUUUAUUUUCUAAACCAGACUUAAACUUUGCUCUUUUUUCUCACCGACAUCGCUCUGGCUGAUCGCAUGUGUUGAUUCACUCUGAGGAAGUUAACCCACGAUGCCACGCAUGCUGCAGGCCAGCGCUGUGAGCCCAGAGCAGCGAGCCAGGCAGAAAGAGUCGCACGCAAAUGAUCGCACGCAAAUGAUCCACACAUUUUAGCUUGUUUAAUGCACACUUUUAUUAAGACAUGACGGUUAAAACGUAAUUUAAAAAAAAAAAAAAAAAAAAGUUUGUUUUUCGCUCCCCCCCCCCCCUUCUUUUUUUUUUUUUUCUUUUUUUUUUUAAUAGAAGAAACGAAUAUUAUUUACUAAACGGAACAAGCGUCUGAUUUACUGUUAAUGGCAAUAAAGGUCCAGACAAAUGAGAUUUUCCCAAAAACCAAAAUGACUUUGUUUUAUUUCUUUAUGAAUUUAUCAAUACUUUGUUAUGGUGUUUUCCCUCUUUCUGUAUUUCCUAAUAUUCUUACUAAUUUGAUUAGAGCUGUCCUGAUACAAUAUCGAUAUCUGAUAUUGGUCUGAUAUCAACCAGAAACAAAUAUCGGAAUAUAUCAGCCUGCAUCUAAAAUCUCCGAUAUCAGCACUCCGAUACAAGCAGUCCAUUCCAGACUCCACCCCGGCCCCCUUUUAGCUAACAGUGCCCAGAUCCAGCAUGUAGUGUGUGUACUAAGGUACUAACAAAGUAGCUAGGACUAAGAGUGAUGUCGGCUGUAUUUAUCGUUAAUGUCCAAAAAGACGUUGCAGCUGAGUGCAAAACAAACUAAGUUUGUGCCAAUAUCGGAUCAAUAUCGUUCUCAGCCGAUACUGAAGGCUAUAAUAUCGGAAGUAAAAAAAAAGUUGUAUCGGGACACCCCUAAAUUUGAUUGAAUCUUGGGUGUAUCAUGCUACACAUUUUAAUGCAGGGAUAGAUUGACUUAAUACAGCUUAUUCAAAAAGCAUCAGAGGGUUUUGGAAAGUUUUUAAAACAAAGUAGCAACACCUAAUAAAGGCUGUUAGAAAUCAGAAAUGUAAUUUACUUUGGUCUCUUGAAUAUUUUCUCCUGACGUUUGUCGGCAGAAAUCGUUGAUAGUUUAGCUUUCAGGAGACAUCAUCAGAGUAUAUGUAUGAUCCAGUGGUGCGGGUGCAGCAGCAGCUACAGUUAACACUGAACACUGUUGAUGUGAACACUCUCAGCAACAGAAGCUACAAAUUCAUCAUCUCAAAAUGAGAAGUGUCAGUUGUGGAGGAACUCAAAUGAACUUUGAACAAUUAAUUAGUUUGAAAUAGGAAAGUCAUUCAUCCUUCCCCUGCUUCUCAUCAAGGUCCAGAUUGAAUCACUGUCAUUAUUACCCGGAAUUAUUGUUGCAUGCUCCUCAGAGAAUUGUGGUUAUUUUGUGCUUUAUCGUCCCCCAUAGUUUUCCAUUUAGUUUGAUUGUUGAAAAAGGAGCUGGUGUUGCAGUCAGUUUUUUUUUUUAACUCUGACUGAACACUGGAGUCAUGAAACAACCCAGGAGUCCUGACUGACCAUGAGAACAGAAAAAUACCAGACAGCGGUGUACUUGGAUGAACUCAAACGCUCUCUUGCUGGUCUGUAAGAAUGACUCUGUUUUGGUUGUAAACACUUGUUUUACAUUGUGCCACCUCUCUCUGUCCCCUUCAGGUGUACAUGUACCAGCUGUUCCGCAGUCUGGCUUAUAUCCAUUCCCAGGGCGUGUGUCACAGAGACAUCAAGCCGCAGAACCUCCUGGUGGACCCCGAGACGGCCAUCCUCAAACUCUGUGACUUUGGCAGGUCAGUGAAACACGGUGCCUCAGGAAGUCUUUGUCAGUAUGUGUCUGAGUUCCUGUUUGUUUGUUUGGACUUUGUUUGAGUCUUUCCAGUGUUGAUCUGUCAUAUCUCUUCUUACUUCUCUGUCUCAGAGGCUUGCUCACCGAGGAAUUAAAGUUUCAUGUAGAUUAGCACAUUCCUCCUGAAGUGUCUGUUUCAUCUUUGCUUCCUUCAUCUUUCAGUGCAAAGCAGCUAGUUCGGGGGGAGCCAAAUGUGUCCUAUAUCUGCUCACGGUACUAUCGUGCCCCAGAGCUCAUCUUUGGUGCCACUGACUACACGUCUAACAUCGACAUCUGGUCAGCCGGCUGUGUGCUGGCUGAGCUGCUGCUGGGCCAGCCCAUCUUCCCCGGGGACAGCGGUGUGGACCAGCUAGUAGAGAUCAUCAAGGUACAGAAGGAGUGCGGCAAACAGUGGCCCAGAGCCAGCUGAUGACAGGCCUGUAGAUGAAAAGAGAUGUGGGGGAAAGUUUGGAUCGGGAAGAUUUGCUUUCUAAGUCAGUUUUCGGCCUUGUAGGAUAGAGAAAAACAACCACUUUAGCUUUUUUCCAACUAGAUUGGAUAUUAGAUGUAAAUAUUUGAAUGAAUCCAGUACAAGCGGUGUUAAAUGACAGAUACAAACUGCCCUAUAACAAAACAAAAGAUUUUUCAGUCAACUGUGCUUCAUUAUUACUCAACUCAACUCAACUUUAUUUGUUAAGCACUUUAAAACAACCACAGCUGUACAAAGUGCUGUACAUAACUAGACAAAACAACAAGAUAAAAAACAAUCAAAAAAACAAUUAAAAUAAUGGAUAAAAUAAAAGCAGAAUUAAAAGUAUAGUUUCAAUGUUUUUAAAACUAAUUUAAAAACAUAGAAACAAAUAACUAAAAACAAACCAUAAAACACUAAAACAGGAGCCGAGUCUCAUGGAGGGUUAAAAGCCAAUGAAUAAAAAUGGGUUUUAAGACGACUUUUAAAAAUGGACAGUGUAUUAAUAUUCAUGGAUGUUUUCACCUUUGUUUGUCAGGUCCUGGGGACACCAACAAGGGAGCAGAUCAGGGAAAUGAACCCAAACUACACAGAGUUCAAAUUCCCGCAGAUUAAAGCACACCCUUGGACAAAGGUACGUUUCAUCUACAGCGAUACACCAAUGCAAAUAACAGUCAUCCAAACAUAAUCGUGAGGUGUGAUGUCUGAAAAGCUUUUUUACCUGAAGUGGAUUAAAGAACUCCCAAAAAACAAAACCCAGAGUGUUAGGAACUAGAGUGGAUGUAGACUUGAGUGUAUUAAACUUUUAAAAGAUGUCAAAACUGUAUGAAUUUCACCUCCUUUGCUUCAGGCUUCACCUCAGACUGCUGUCAUCUGUUCAGUAAAAGCUUGUUAUGCAGCUGAAUUGAGAAUUGGGAUUUUAAUAAGAUGUAUUUAUUGUAGGGUGUUUUCACCUGCAGUUAUCAUGUGAAAUUAAAAUAAAUAUGAUAUCUGUGUUCCUCAGUGAAAGAGAUGAUAGUGCCAUCCAUCUGAACUGUACUCUAAGUUAAUAUCAUAUAUAAGACCCAACAUUAAGGUGAGAGUCAGUCCCACCACUCGGUGUCAAACAAAGGCCUUUCUCAUGUUAAUCCACCAUGAACAUUUAGCAAGUUAAAAAGAAAAACCUGUUUUUAACUGACUAGAAUCUUGAGCAGAAUCAGACUCAUGUUGAACAGCCAUCUGCGUAAGUGCUCUGUAACAAAGCCUGUCUCAAAAACAGCCCUUAUGUCCCACUGAUAAAAUACAUCCACUGUGUUUCGACUCAGAUGAGAUCAUCUUUAUUGAGGGCUAAGCGCUGAUACCCUCUCUACAGUCGACCAUCAGUUGUUUGCUCUUAAUCAGGUGUUUUAUUCAGGAAACUACGAUACAAAUCCAGCACCAGUAUUACAUCCUUUCCUGUGGUUGCCAUGGUAAUACCGUACAAUGCAUCUGCAAGUUGAAAAAGUCUGAGAGCGAACCCCCACUUUACGCUGCCUUCAUGUUUGCCUGAAAAAGGAGGCGCUCUCCGCUCAAAAGAACCUUCAGGCUUACAUUUACUGAAAUCCUCAGUCUUCUGCUGAUCGUGUUCAGAAUCUUAAAUUUCCGCCCUCUCUCACUCGUCUGUCAGGUGUUUAAGCCUCGUACCCCACCAGAGGCAAUUGCCCUCUGCUCUCGGCUGCUCGAGUACACGCCGGUGACCAGGCUGUCUCCUCUAGAGGCAUGUGCACACGCCUUCUUCGAUGAGCUACGUCAGCCCAACACCCGCCUGCCCAGCGGACGAGAGCUGCCGCUGCUCUUCAACUUCAGUCCUGUCGGUCAGUGAACCCCCCUGUCCUUCUUUUGGUCUCUCCUCGGCCUUGUAUUUCUUGUAUUUUAUCCUCUCUUUGGUACUCUUCAACAGUCACUGCACCGAGAGUGUUCUAUGUAAAGCAAUCUGAUUUUUUUCCCUCCUCUGCCUCUUCAGAGCUUUCUAUCCAGCCCCAGUUGAACUCCACACUCAUUCCUCCUCACGCUCGUGCACAGACAUCGCCUGCUUCACAUGGUAUGUAUCGCCACUCAAACUGCUGUUGUGGUUUUCAUUCGCAGACUGUUCUGAGGAGAAGUUUUGUCUGUUAAUUUAACGGUGUAUUUGUCGGAACAUUCGCCUCUUGUGACUUUAUCAAAUAAUCACAUGUUACACAUACAGUCAAGCCUCUUAGGAACACAGAACAGUUUCCAGAUCAGUUGGCUGAGGGUAGUGUUAGAAGUGAAACAUGCUCAGGUUACACUCUGUAUUUUGAGGCGUGUGUAUUCCCCGUUCUGAUCCUGAGAGUCGCCUGAUUUAAGACAGUGAAGUAUUAACGCUACACUAUUCCACAGCACAGUGAUUUCUUUCUGUGGUAAUGACUGUGCUUCCUCUCUCCCCCUGCAGAGGGCAGUGUGUCAGACAGUUCCGCCCAGCCCAGCUCAGCACCCGGAUCCAUCAACAACAGCACCUGAGCGUCCAUCCCUCUGUCAUCUUUUUCUUUUUUUCUUUUUUUUUUUGUCUUCCCUGUUUUUCCUUUUCUCUCCUCUGCUCUUCUCCCUUUUCAACCUCCCUCCUCGGCUCCAAACCCUUACGAUAGAAAAAGAAACGACUGUACACACACACUCACACACACACACACACACACAUAUAUACACACUCAGCUUUGCUAUUUUCCCCUGAAUUUUUUUUUAACCAUUUCUAGCAGCGAAGUGAUUUCUGUUACAGAAAACUUCAGGAAGGUUCGGGGUCGUUUUCAAGGGCGUUACAGGAGCCACACUCGGGCUUGAUAAAUAAGCUGCAGUUGUAAGUCUGUGGUGGCUCUUGUCUGGCCUCUUAGAUAAAGAAACUAUUGGUUGGGUUGGAGAUUUGGGAGAUGAUGAGGAGGAGAGGGGUGCUACAUGUUAUGUAGAUUUCCUGUAUUAUGAUCUACAUUGACUUUUAUCCCUUUUAUGUUCAUUUUAUUUGCAUUAGCUGAUUUUAUGCGUGGCUGUGGUGCUGGUGAAAGGGGUCCUGAUUGGCUGUUUGUAAGGCCUGAUAAUUAAAGACAAUCAUCCUUUAGUAGGGUCAAAGGCCGCACAUUUACUGAACUGUUCGAUCGAGUACACACAGGGUAGAUUUGUGACUUUUGUGUCGCUUUCUCCCCUGAACUCUACUCUGGUAUUGUCAGUCCACCCUGCCCAAUGGUUAACUAAUGAGAGGGAUUAUUUUAAAUCUGUUUGGCACAUGACAGAACCUAUUAGCUGAUUCUGAAUGUGUCGUUUUAACUGAGAGGUGGUUUUAAUUCGUAUUGCUAAAGGGGGGCACCACAGCCUGUUCUUAUAGUUUUGUUUUAAAUCAUCUCCUUCUUAAAUGCUUUAUAUGUGACUGAGAGGAGCACCGUCUUCAGCUCCUUCAGAGUAAGCUCGUGUUUUCUUUUGUUAAGCUGGAAACCAAGAGUUUCAUUUUAACUUUUUCAGUGAUAUUGCACAUCUUCAAAGGGAGUAGAGGGGAAGCAAAGGGGGCCUGUGAAGUCCAACUGCCUAACAUGACUAUACAGAGAGAGCAUCAGUGAGGGGGGCUCCAUGUGAGUCUCAACACUGCUGCCUCACACUGUAGUGUAAAUAGUCUCCUCAUUAAUUAUGUCACUUUAAGGAUGUGGUCUCUCAUAUCAGAUUGAUUAUGUUACGUGACAUCGGGUGCGGAGGUUACAGCCGGACCGCGGCUCACCUGGCUCGUCAUUGUCAUUUCAGCAAGUGUCCGCAGUCUUUAUUUGUGCGAGGAGAGGACUCUGAAUGUGUUUGGUUGGAGAGAAGCGUUUGUCCGAACCCUCUUCGCCCCCACCCCCCUCCGAGACAGACCGCCUGCGCCGCCUCAUAUCAUGUUCUUCAUGUCCUGUGAUGAUUGUUAGGAACUGAUCUUGAAUGAUUUCUCACACCCUGACAGUCUGCCGUCGGCAUUGGACUUUUCUUUGUUCCGUCACUCAAAUGUGCAUGUUCAGCCCAAAUCCACCACACUAUAUGACUUCUUCCACUAAUCUCAGUAAUAAUCUGACCAGAAAUGAUGCUCAAACCCCUGAAAACCUGACAGUUUUUGGAGCCUCCCCCUUCCAUUCCUUUUUCUCCUCUCCCCUCACGCCUUCUGCUUCCCUCUCUUCCUCCUCCUCCUUUUUUUUCACUGCUAAACUGUAAAUAUCAAGUACCUUUUAUUUUAUUUUGUUAUUUUUGUUAUUAUUGUUAUUAUAUUGUUGUUCUUGUAAUUUUUUUUCUCUAGUAGACCGGCGCAGCAGCAGCCGGACUGUUUAUCCUCAGUCGCAGUCUGUAAAUACAAUUUCAUUUCAGUCCCUGGUUCAGGAGGGGAAAAAACAGAACAAAAUGUUUCAUUUUUAUUCUCUCUCCCUCCAUUUCUCUCUUCGAGGCUUUCCCUUUUCUCUCAUCAGUGUCGUCAUAACUGUUUUAUUUAUUGUAUUGUGUUUUUCGGGAGGGGCGGGGGAUCUUUUUGUUUUCCACCGGGGCGGUAAAAUUGAGGGAUCUGUUUGUUUGUUUGUUUUCGUUUAUCUUAAAAUCCGAUUUCAGUCCAGCAAUGUCCCGUGUUAAACGAUUUCACAUCCAAGAUACUGUACUUAAAUCCACAUGUUGAUGUGUGUUUUUCAAUCAGUGGCUGUCUGUGUGUGCGCGUGUGCAGAUGCACAUGCAAGCCAACAGGUGAAACUCCAGGUUUCCAUUUAACUUCAAUGUGAAGGGAAUGUUACAAACCUCUGGAUCUACGGGGUCUUGUUGUAGGGAGGGAGCACGGAUUACCCUGUGUGUUUAUGUCUGAGUGUGUGUGCGCGCGUGUGUAUGUUUGUGCGUGCGUGUAUGUAUGUGUGUGCGUCUGGAGGAAAGGGGAGAUAAAGAAUCUGUCCAUAGACGUGUAUCAUCUCCUGUGUCUGACCGUCUCCUGUUCUCUCUUUCUGUGCGUGUGUAGUAUGAAUGUAGCAGGCCUCACCUGUUAGUACAGCAUGUCUGCUUCACAGAUCCUUGGGGAUUUUCCCAAGCAGCAGGGAAUGUGUAUGUAUGUGUGUGAGUGUUUGUGCUGGCAGAACGUGGACAUUAUCCUCCUGACUCUCUCCUCAAUGAAGAGCUGACUAAAUGUGCUAUGUUAAUGUUUUUGUUUUUCCAUCGACUCUCUCGUCACACUUAGUUUCUAAUUUGCUGUGACCCUGCUCUUUUAUCGCCCUGAUCUGAGGGGAACAUGUCAUUGUUGGGGGAACAGAACGGUUGGAUAGAGGAGAUGAUGAAAAGAGAGAGAGAGAGAGGGAUGGAGGGAGAGAGACAGUUUUUGUUUGUUGGUAUAAAUAAUUAAACUCAUUAAUAAAGUGAUGAAACUGUG